AUGGCUCGUCGCAAAUCGAUAAGAAGGUAAAUCUUUCGGUUUAUAUCGUCUUUUUCUCAAUGCGAACGGAAAUGCAAAAAAAAAGGGGCACAGCUUUUGGUUCUUUUUGUGAAUUCCUGAAAAACGUUAGAAAUCAGCAAAAUCCACGUUUUUUUUUCCUCAAUUUUUCCUCAAAUGUCAAAUUCCCAGAACCUUUAAGCAGUUUUCUCUUCUCACACCCACAACCAUAACCUAUAAUCAAAAACGUUCUCCUUCAAAACUUUUUCGCAUUCUCGAUUUUCAAAAUUUGGCCUUUUCUCUUCCAGCUCACUUCUUUUAUAACGUCUUCUUCUAAAGCCCAUGCUUUCUCACAUCGACCAUCAUUUUUUGUUACAUAGGAAGAGGAAAAAUGAGGAGAAAGAAGGAGAACUCUCAUGAAAUCUUAAUCAUCCGCUUCUUUCCCAUGCUCCGACACAUUUGUCCGUGUUUUUUGUGCUGUAGAUCGACUUUUUUUUUAUAAGAAGAGAAAGAAAACAUUUAUUUUGAUCAUCAGAAGCCUAUUGCAUUUCCUGUUUUGUCUAUGAGUCGCAUUCCUUCCUUCCUGUCUCUUUUUUUUUGAGCAUUGGGUUAGCAUUGGGGGUUACCAUUGGUUGACAUCGAUCUUCACGUCAAAGUAAUACUGAAAGUCAAGGUGGCUAGUAAAUACAAAAAAAAAGCUUUAUGAAUAUAGAGAGAGAGAAGGAGAGAAAAGGGGAGAACACAAGUCAGAGAAGCGUGUGUGUGUGGGGGGAGGAAAUGCGCGAGCGAUAUUAUGAGCGUCUUGAUGAGGAAAUGCUCGCUCGCAGCUUAUUUUUCAUCUCUUACUCUGUUUUUAUGCUGUUCGAUAUCUCGUUAGGGUCUGAUGAGUUGCGAACACUUUGCAUGGACGUUUUGCAACCAACAGAUAUUUCGCAUAGCCCAUUUCUCGAAAGAUCUCCAAUCAGGUGAAAGUUUUGUCGCAAAAGUGCUAGCUAGGGAGUGGUUGCGAAAUGUACGGCAGUUGCAAAACAGCUAGACGGGAGUCGCGUUGCAAAGUGUCCAAGCAUAGUUUUAUCUCGCAGCUUGGCUCAAGCUCAAUUUUUUUUUUAAAAUCCUCUCAUCUCGGUUGCGAAACGUCCAUUAGUUGUAAAGUAUUCAAAGGUCGAAAAACUGAACUUUGCUCGCCGGAGCCCCCCGAAAAAACACCUGGGGUGUCUGGGCGAAACUCCCAUAAUCACACAUCAACUUUUUGCGUUCUAUAUACGAAAUCGAAUUACAUUUCCGUUCAUUCAGCGCUCUUGAAAGCUCAUUCUCGUUCUAUUUUUUUUUCAAUUAGUGCUGAAAAGGCACACCUUUUGCACAUUUCGUUUCCAAUUUCCCCGUUGACGUCAAUCCGGGAGCGAAAAGAGCAAGAGCACAAUGAGCGGGGAGCUUUCUGGAAAAGGCGGCCGUCAAGUACCCCCCAGCCGAUCCUCUUGAACGUUUAUUUUCAGACAAAAUGAAGCCAUCCACGGGGCUUCUUCUUUUUCUUCUUCUUCGUCUUGCGUAACCAACCAUGAAUGAUAUACAAAAACUUAAUUCCAUUGUUUUCUUUUCUCAUUCGAAUCGAUUGCAGAAUGCUCACGACGAGUGGCUACGCGAACGGCGCGUCGCUCAGGUCUUCGAUCGACGAUUCGCCGCAGGACCAGGAAGAAUCGGAGACGUUUCUGUUGGGAAUGGUCACCGGGGACGGCAUCGGAAAGGUUGGUGCAACACUUUUUGUACUUUAUUAUUCCGCUAUUAGGCCUAGUCCCGAUUCCACAAAUUACGAGUGUUUAUGAAGGAACGAAACCCACAAAAUGUGCACUUUUGAGUCUUGAAUCAAGACUCUUGAUUUCAUGGCUGUCACACACUAUUCGCUCACUUUGUUCGUCAUCAUCAAUGACCGAUGAUGACGGAAGAGUGUCCAGUAGUCAGAAACGUAUGAAAUGCAUCUUUACAAGGGGUCAGGUUUUUGCUCAUUAGACUUGAAUCUUGCUGAAACCCAGUGCUCAUGAAACUCGCGCAGAAUUGAGGUCAGCAUUACUUUACUCUGUUAAAGAUCAGAUGAAUUUUGAUAAACAAGCCGCAAACAAAGCUUUUCUUAUUGAGAAUCCACACACGUUUUGAAACUAGACUGUGUCGAUUAGUGAACAGUUCCUUCAGCCAUCCGAAACGUAGGUAGAAAAGAGGAUUUUCUCGCUGCUGAGCUCCUCCGGCUCCAGCACCAGCUCACCAAAAAUUGGAAAGCUCUGAAAUUGAUUGCACCGCUUUCUUCUCCUCGUUUCUCUCGAUGCGGAGAGUGUGAGAAUAUCAACGAGCACGUUUACAUCUCCAACUUCUCCGCCAUUCUUUCUUUUCGCACACUUCUUCCACAAGAUCUCGGCUGAAAAACUGGAGAAGAAGAAGAAGAAGAAGAAGAAGAGACUAGUUGAAAUGGAUUGCACUUUGCGGCCGUUGGUCUACGCGCAAGAGGUAAUUUUCGAGGGAUUUGAUUUUGUGAGAAUUUUUUAUCAACUACCUACAUACCGUAAAUCCUGUAAGCCCUUUGACUGCAAGAAAUUACAUGACCGAUGCAUUUUCGAGUUCCGUUUAUAGGAGGAGGCCGUGUAAGCGUUCACUUUUCUUAACAUUUGUACAAAUUAUCAGUUGUCAGGCGAAUCAUAGAAAAAACAACAGCAUGAUAUAUGGAUAUUAGGCACGAAAGACUUGUAAGACCGCGUUGAUUAUAUAUAAUUUUAUCGUUGAUCUCUGUGUGCAAAAAUGUAUAAUUUCUCGCUCGCCUGCAAAAAGUCGUGUUACGAACAAGCCCCCGACUACAAAACGGUUUCGAAGAAGAUUCUGACUCUCUAGGGCCACGCCCCCCGUUUUUUUUCCAUUUGUAGUCGAUACGUAGCCAUCUGACACGCAUUCAUUCUGAUUUAUUCCGAAAAAGUACUCUCACUCUCACUCUCUUUCUCUCUCCUUUUUUCACUUGCUCACUUUCAAUGAUGAUUGUGCCCGGAAUGGAAAGUUUUGAGGUUAGUUAUGCGGCUAAUGAACCUGAUAAGUCCGGUUAUUCUUGAAUUGACCUGCUCAUAAAAACAUUGCUCUAUUAGUCGACUAGUUAGCUAUUUUCGAAAGUGAUUGUACUGGAAUCCAUUCGACGAAAAGUGAGUGCGUCGGCGCGAAAUCACCUGUCAAAACAAAAAGAAGUUAAAAAUAUGCAUAAAAGAUCGGAUUUCUAGUUACGGGCGGAUAUCAGAUAGAACCGAGUAAUCUGUGAGUAUGAGACAGCUUGGCGAAUCGAAAAAUGUGCAAAUCCUAUUUCAGACUCACAAUUUUAAAAUUUACGGUGAUUCUUUAAAGGCGCAGCACGAAAUUAUGUGCCAAAAAUCAAAAAAGCACGCGUCUCGGAAUCGUUAUCGCUUCCACUUGCCUCUUUUCGCCUUUCUUAUCAACGAUCGGUCCCCGCGGUCUUCAAUUGACGGCCUCUUCGAGUUUGGUUAUGGACAUGACCUCCAAGAGAGCUUCAUAAUAACUCAUGCAUUCCUAAUCACUCUCGCCUCUCCUCUCUUCUGCAUAAACAAGCGGGUGUCAGUGGGUGGAAGAUGUACAAUUCAUUGGAUCGCCGCGGUAGUCUGACUAUCGGCACGUGGCAGUUGCGAGACAUUCUGAAACCGAAGCGCCGAAAGACUUAUGACACUUUGGAGGAGGUAAUCUCGACGCUCAACGUGCUUUGUCGCUCACACUCAAAAACUAUUUAAAAGAAACAGUCGGGCUAUGAAGGGUAAAGACGAGUUUUGCGGCGAAAAAGUACUACUUCACAAAAGCUUGUAAAAAUGACGUGUUUUCUGAAAAGAACCGAACGUGUGGUUCGAAGACUAGCGCCAAUCAGACAUCUAUUCUACGUGCCCACUUCUCACGCCUACACUGACUCAGCGCGGAUGCAAAAAAAGAGUAUUAUCAGUGUCAAUCCGGUCUAAUCACUCACACACACACCCCCUCAGUGUUUAUCGAUUUUUUCACUAACUUUUCCAUUUUUGCAGAUGUUCAACGCACGCUACCGAAACAUCAAAGAGAAGAAGGCGGCGAAGAUGACGUACCGCGCGUUGAUCUACAAUUGUCUGGAACGGCCGACCGGCUGGAAGUGUUUUCUCUAUCACUUUAGCGUCUUUUUGAUAGUCCUCAUUUGCCUCAUACUUUCCGUCCUUUCGACCGUCGAGGAGCACAGUCAUUUCGCCGCCGAGCUUUUGUACAUUUUGGCAAGUUCUACUCUUAUUGUAACUUUUUCUGAAAAUGUGUUUUUCAGGAAAUCUUUCUAGUCAUCUUCUUCGCAAUCGAAUAUAUAAUCCGUUUAUGGUCCGCCGGGUGCCGCUCCAAGUAUAUUGGCUUUUGGGGACGGCUGAAAUUUGCGAGGAAACCCAUUUCUUUCAUCGGUAAAUAAUAGCCGGGUAAUUUCAGUUUAUAUUUAAAAACACUUAUUCCAGAUUUGUGUGUGGUGCUUGCCAGCAUAACAGUGAUUUGCAUCGGAAGCGAGGGCCAAGUGUUCGCCACGAGCGCCAUUCGCGGCGUACGGUUCUUGCAGAUUCUGAGGAUGCUACACGUGGAUCGGCAAGGCGGUACUUGGUAAGUCCUUGUAAGAAUGGUUAAAAGUACUGUAGUUUGAUGCUAACACACGCUUACACCUUUCACGUUAGCUCUAGAAGACUUCGAUUUCGCCGUUUCCAGGCGCCUGCUCGGUUCGGUGGUGUUCAUCCACCGUCAGGAACUGAUCACCACCCUCUACAUCGGCUUCCUCGGCCUCAUCUUCUCCAGCUACUUUGUCUACUUGGCCGAGAAGGACCACGUGGGAAUCGACGGCCGCCAAGCGUUCACGAGUUACGCGGACGCGCUCUGGUGGGGCGUCAUCACGAUGACGACGAUCGGCUACGGAGACGUCGUGCCGCAGACGUGGACCGGGCGGAUCGUCGCCUCGUGCUUCUCCAUCUUCGCCAUCAGCUUCUUCGCACUGCCCGCCGGUAUUCUCGGCUCGGGAUUCGCGUUGAAGGUGCAGCAGAAGCAGCGACAGAAGCACUUCAACCGACAGAUUCCCGCGGCCGCCACGUUGAUUCAGUGCCUUUGGAGGUGUCAUGCGGCCGAGAAGAGGAUAUCUGCCACGUGGAAUGCUCACAUCGAUCCGUUGGCUCACGAGACCCGGGAGACGCAUCACGGGAAGAAGCAGCAGCAACAGCAGGGCGACUCGAAUCAUGUGACCAGAAAGAGACAGUUGUUCAAGAAGCAGUGAGUUCCUCGCACUCAUCCUAAGACACACGAACCCUAUUAAGAUCCUCGCUGGUUAACACAUUUCGUCGUAAAGGCUCCCCGGCGGCCGACGUCGAAAUGGGCGAGUUGCACCAGCAGCUGACGCGCCACGAACGAAACUCGGACACGGACGACGAGCGGCGGAUGUACCGCACGACGACCGACAUCGAGAUCGAAUACGAGACGGAAGAGGCGAACACGCCGACGGCAACGGCCCACGGACACAUCAGUCACGUGUGCGAACUGACUGAAGCGCAUCGGAAUGCGAUUCGGGCGAUCCGAAAAGUGAAGUACUUUGUGGCGAGGAGACGGUUUCAGCAGGCGCGGAAACCGUACGAUGUGCGGGAUGUCAUCGAGCAGUACUCGCAGGGACACUUGAACAUGAUGGUCCGGAUCAAAGAGUUGCAGAGGAGGUACGUCUCGUGGCCUAGAAAAUAUUUAGAGAUAAAAAUGAAAAUAGAAGCAUUUUACGUGUGAAAUCCGUUAAUGAAAUCCUUUUCAGGCUGGACCAAACGCUCGGCAAGCCGGGUCAAUACGACGGAAAAGGAUCGCGAAAGGGGCAUCCGGUGACGAUCGGUUCCCGAUUGUCGCGCCUCGAGUUGCAGGUUCGUGCGUGUCGCCGACACGACUGAUAAGAGUGUCUGCGUACGUGCAGUGCACAUUUCACACCUUUUGACUGUUUCAGAUGUCAAGUCUGGACCGGAAAGUGGAUUCGAGUGCUCGAACGCUGAACGCCCUGUACCGGUUGAUGGCCGAUCGGAACUCGUUGACGAUCUCUCCGUCGCCGCCGGCGCUCAUCAGUCGGCCCGUCUCUCCGGCCAACUGUCUUUCGCCCCGAGAUCAACUGUCGCCCACCAGCAGUCAGCGGUCCCCAUCGCCCAGUUACACGUUGGAUCCCAAUCAGUGGCACUAA